GUCAACAGUUCGUGUUAGUAAAUAUUUCUGUUAUACAUUGAAUCGUUUUAAAUGUAUUCAUCGUACUACUAGAAUUCAUUAGUAUAACUACAAGUUAAUAAUGGUAAUAUUAAAGCUAUUCAUUUUUAUUUUCGUUGGAGUAUUUGUAAGGAAUGUUAUGUCCAUUUACAAUCCAUUGUUGACGUAUACGUUACGUUAUAAAAAAAUGUUUGUACAUAGCAAUAUCACAGGGAAUUUCACGAUUGACCAAUACAAAGAUACGCAAUAUAUAAAUGGAAAUAUUACAAUCCAUUCAAAAUUAAUGAUCGAUAAAGUUGUUGUAGUUAUCUAUCGUUGUGAUUCUGAGGGCAUUAAUUGUGAAUACUUUCAAACUUGGACAUUAACAGAUAUCUGCCCUAAAUUAAAAGACAAGAACCAAAUAUGGUCUCGUUGGUAUGGUUCGUUUGAUCCACCUAUGGUUUGUCCAAUAGAUAAAGUUAAUUAUCGAUUGAGAAAUGCAACAUACGAUAUUCAACAAGGUGUUCAGUGGUAUUCUGAUAUAGCAAACUAUCAAUGGAAAGUGACACAAAAAAUGUACGCUGGUGAUGUAUAUGUCGGUAGUUAUACCUUCGAGGUUUCAAUAUUCAGUUAUAGAAAAAAACUCAAACCGUUAUUUAAAUAACUAUAAUUUAUUCAAACAUAAUUAAAUAAUAAUAAUACUGAUCACUUUUUAAUUUUUCUAUUUCCUUAUUCAAUUAAUGAGGUGGAUGGUGCAUUAGAUAGAUAUUUUGUCUAACCAUAAUAAUUUAUAGAUAUACCUUUUAAGUAGGUAAGUAAUUUGUUAUUGUAAUAUUAUUAUUAUUUCAUUUUUGUAACUCACAUGUAUUCAAAAUUUUAAAAAAUCUAUAAACGGUUAUAAAUUUUGAAUGAAAUAUAACAUUUUGUAAACAGUUACACUUAUACAUGA